AUGACUUCGAACCAAAUUGAUACCAAUUGUAUGACCCUGACUCGAUUUAUCAUCAACGAGCAGAUGAAGUAUCCUGGCGCCUCCGGCGAGCUGACCCAACUAAUGAAUGGAAUUCAAACAGCUGUCAAGGCCAUUUCGAACGCUGUGAGGAAGGCAGGUAUUGCCGAACUCUAUGGAUUCACGGGAUGUUCAAACAUUCAGGGCGAGGAAGUGAAGAAGUUGGAUGUCAUUUCUAAUGAGCUUUUCAUCAAUAUGAUGGUCUCCUCCUACACAACUUGCAUGCUUGUCUCGGAGGAGAACGAAGAACCGGUUAUUGUGGAAGCAAAACAGCAAGGAAAGUACAUUGUGGCCUUUGAUCCAUUGGACGGUUCAUCAAAUAUUGACUGUCUUGGUUCGGUGGGAUCUAUUUUUACUGUGUUUCGAAGAAAACGUCAAGACCACAGUGCAGCAACGGCAGCUGAGGCACUGCAGAGUGGACGAAAUACGGUCGCCGCAGGGUAUGCAAUCUAUGGGAGCUCGACGAUGAUUGUCUUGUCCAUGGGAUCAGGAGUGCACGGAUUUACACUGGAUCCGUCUUUGGGUGAGUUCAUUCUCACCUCACCGAACAUUACGAUCCCAACACGAGGCAAAAUUUACUCCGUUAACGAAGGCUACGCCUCCUACUGGUCCAAAGGCAUGACAAACUACAUUCAUGCAAAGAAGUUUCCAAAGAACGGUAAACCCUAUGUGGGCCGGUACAUUGGAUCCAUGGUAGCCGAUGUCCACCGAACCCUGCUCUACGGAGGUAUCUUCCUCUAUCCCGACCUAAGCGUCGCUCCUGAAGGCAAACUACGACUACUAUACGAAUGCAUCCCAAUGGCCUAUAUAAUUGAGCAAGCUGGUGGCAAGGCGAUGGCAAGGGAGGGCCUGAAGAUUUUGGAUAUCAAACCAACUCACAUUCAUCAACGAGCUCCCAUCUAUCUUGGCAGUCCAGAAGAUGUGGACGAGGUUAUUCAUUUUCUUGCUGAAGCCGGAAAAGGUGACACCUGA